AUGAACAUAUCUUUUCCGACCACCUUUCUUCUUCUGCUCCUCCGAUCAAUAACCGCCGACAAUUCACAUGUUGAGUACGAUGAUCCACAACAUGCUAUCGCCCUCAACUGCGGUUUCCUCCACAACUCCACGGCAAUUGACGGCAGAAAAUGGGUUGGAGAAAUUGAUUCUGCUUCAAUCAUUUCUUUUCACGGCCCUGGAAGUAAAUCAGUGGUCCCAUCUUUCUCCUCCGAUGACCAACGAUCACAAUCUCUCGAUCCCACUCCCUACAUGACAGCUCGAGCUUCUCGCUCAUCCUUCACCUACACCUUCCAUGUCCGCUCCGGCUACAAGUUCAUCCGCCUUCAUUUCAACCCAGCAGCUUCAUACUCUGCUUUCAAAUGGUCAACCGCUUUCUUCACCGUAAAAUCAGGUCCGUAUACUCUCCUCAACAAUUUCACUGCGUUCGAUUCUCUUAGCCUGAAAUCCAUCGUAAAAGAAUUCACCAUUUUCGUCCCUGACGACGGUAAACCCUUAUCAAUUACUUUCUCCUCCAUAAGAACAAGCAUCCCUUCGGAUGAGACAUUUGUAUUUGUUAAUGGAAUUGAAGUUGUUCCCAUGCCUAUUGGACUUUACUACACCAUGGAGGGAGAUGGAGAUGCAGGGGCACACGUUGCAGGGCAGAAGGGUCGAUUUCACCUGGGUAAAGACACUGUAAUGGAGAUGGCCUAUCGGCUAAACGUUGGUGGCAUCAAACUUUCGUCUAUUUAUGACCCAAGUAUGUUCAGAGAGUGGACGGAUGAUUCAAACCAUAUCACUGAAUCAAGUGUGUUUCCCAUCACUUCCAUAAAUCGGAUCAAGUAUACUAAAACAUCUAAAGAUGGUGCACCACAAAGACUUUACCAGUCAUCUUGGUCAAUGAACCGGAAUUUGCAAGAUGGUGAAGGAGUUAGUUUUACAUGGAAGUUGUCUGUGGAUUCGGAUUUCACUUAUCUAAUUAGAUUGCAUUUUUGUGAGCUUGACUAUGACGUGAAGGAGUGUGGGCAAAAAGAGUUCAUUAUUCUCAUUAACAAUCAAAUAGUUGAGUCUAGAGGAGACUUGAUCAAAUGGGCUGGUGAGAUUGGAAUAGCAAUCCAUAAGGAUUACAUGACCACGUUAGGAGGAGAUAGAACCAUGGGCAAGAGAGAUUUAGUUGUAGCUUUAUACUCAAGCAAUGUCGAACAAUCAUGGGAAUUCAUUGACUCAGUUAUUAAGGGGAUUGAAGUUUUCAAACUUAGUGACUCUCAUAACAAUCUUGCUGGAGGGAAUCCAGUGAUCUCUUGUCCUCAUGCUUCAACAAAUCGUAGACUUAGAAUGCCAACAAGUAUAAAUGAGAUUAUAAUUUUGAUAAUACUUCUAGUUGUCAUUGUUCACCAAUUUCGUGAAUGGAAAGAAAGGAGUUGGAGUAAAAACCCAUCUCUAAUAGACGGAAAUUUGUGUUGUAGAUUUUCAUUUGUUGAGAUCUCAUCCGCAACUAACAACUUCGACAAAAGAUUAGAGAUUGGACGUGGAGGUUUUGGUAAGGUCUACAAAGGGGUUAUUAAAGUUAAUAAUGAUAAGGUUAAAAUGAAAGUUGCAAUUAAGAGAUUAGAUUCUGAAUCUAAGCAAGGAGAGAAAGAAUUCAUAUCAGAAAUUAAGACACUUUCCAAGCUUAGACACAAACACCUUGUUUAUUUGAUAGGAUACUGUAAUGAUGGCCAUGAAAUGAUACUUGUUUAUGAGUACAUGGAGCAUGGCACUCUAGCGGACCAUCUCUAUAAGAAUAAACGUAAUGGUAGUCGAGAAGUGACUCCUCUAACUUGGAAGGAAAGGCUCAAUAUCUGUUUGGGUGCUGCUCACGGGUUAGAAUACUUGCACAACAAUAAUGAUCAUGAAAUCAUACAUCGAGAUGUGAAGAGCGACAACAUUUUGGUGGAUCUGAAUUGGGUGGCCAAAAUUGCUGAUUUUGGCAUAUGCAAAAUGGGAGGAUCUACAAGUCAUACCCAUAUCAGUACUGAUGUAAAAGGAACUUGUGGUUACCUAGAUCCAGAUUACUUCUCGACCAGAAAGCUAACUAAGAAAUCUGAUGUGUAUGCGUUCGGUGUUGUGCUUUGGGAAACAUUAUGUGGGAGGCCAGUCAUCGAUGAUAGAAUUGACAACGAACAACAGCGUAGCCUAGUUUUGUGGGUUCAGCGCUGCUGCGAAAAUGAAAUGGUUGACAAAAUAAUUGAUUCUAGUUUGAGGGGACAAAUCUCAACUGAUUCUCUGGAGUCCUACAUUAAACUUGCAAAUCUAUGUUUGCAUAAAGAAACUAAUAUACGACCUACAAUGGAUGAAGUCACAAAGAAUUUGAAAUCUUUAUUGGUUGAUGGGCUCAAUUUCUUAAGGUGAGAAAGAGUUUACAUAUUCAAUUUUAUUUUCUAUUCUU